AUGCCUCCCGUCAAUCACUAUGAACCCGGAGAAAACGGCAAUUUGGCUGUCAUGAGCACAUAUCAUUUGUCUGAUUCAGGGUCAACUUUUACUCGACCCCAUUUUGACCAGUUGCCAUUACAGCCACAUCAUCCGAAGGGCUCGGCAUGGGGACUCUGGGGCACUGAUGACGAGCGCGGAACAUUGAAUCUUGUUACUGCAGAAGUAGUACGCUCCGCUAGCUUGGAGGUGUCUUGCGGGAAGGUUGUCAGCUUGAACCUCCCAUUGAACGUCCCGUUGAAACCGAUGAACCCGAUGCGAAAGAAAUGUCUCCAUAGUAUCAUUGCCAAAGGUCAUGCAAAUGAUGACGAGGUUGAUUUCAAUACACAAAGCUCCAGCCACUGGGAUGGUCUGCGUCACUACCCAUAUUCGGAAGCAAAACUAUUCUAUAACGGCGUCACACAGGAUGAUAUUUCUGGAGAAAGGCGGACUCCAAAGAUUGGUAUACAUAACAUGGCAAUGAAACCUAUCGUUACGCGUGGCGUACUAAUCGACUGGUACUCCUACGCACAGCGAGAGAAAUUGCCACAUAAGCCUUUCACCAACCAGACCAUACCUCUCCCACAACUACUCAAAGUAGCAAGAGAGCAAGGCGUAACAUUCCGCCAAGGGGACAUUCUACUCAUCCGCACUGGAUGGACCGCGGCAUACUACCGGUUAUCUGAAGAAGAGAAGGAAUGUCUCGGCGGGCGUGAUGACCGAGCCUCCAUUGGUCUGGAAUCCACAGAAGAUAGUAUUCGAUGGCACUGGGAUAAUGGAUUUGCAGCUGUUGCUAGUGAUACUGUUGCUUACGAGGGCUGGCCAUCAACCAAGCCAUGGGGUAUGAGCAUGCACGAGGUAUUUCUUAGUGGCUGGGGCAUGCCAAUUGGCGAGUGCUGGGACCUUGAAGAGCUUAGCAGUACAUGCCGUGCUUUAGGCCGGUGGACAUUUAUGCUGACGAGUCAGCCUCUGUGUAUUCCUGGUGGAGUUGCCAGUCCUGCCAAUGCCACGGCGGUAUUUUAG